UUAAAAUCUCAAAUCCCACUAGAGUCUACAACUUUGAGGAGGGAGCAUUCCGUUGUGAUGCACAUAUGGCAUCUCAAUUGCCCAUCCAUCCAUCCACGAUGGACUUGUUUCAGUUUUACUGCAAAAAGUGGUUUCAUGAUCUCCACUCAGUGUAUCUCUCCAUCAAAAUUGCGACAUCACAAUUCAUAGAGUUGGGGUUAUCGCAUAUGAAUCGAUUCCCCUUCAUUGUUACAAUCGUUGAUGCCAUGAUAUCCCUCUACUACCGGUCCUGUGGUUUGUCACCGUGCACCGUCGACUUAGAUGAUCACACCACCAUGCACUAUUGGACCGCCAACCACAGGCAGUUCAACAAACCAGUCCUACUCUUAAUCCAUGGCUACGGUAGCACUUCCACAUGGCAGUUCAUUCGCCAAGUGGGCCAACUGUCAGAAAGUUUCAAUUUGCACAUACCAGACCUGUUGUUCUUUGGCAAGUCCUACUCAAAACGGUCGGACCGGACAGUAGAGUUUCAAGCGGCUUGUGUGGGUCAAGGGUUGAAGAGAUUGGGUGUGGAGAGGUUCUCGGUGUAUGCGCUUAGUUACGGGGGUUGGGUCGGGUAUCAGAUGGCUCAUAUUUAUCCAGAGAUGGUGGAGAAACUGGUGAUCGUCGGUAGUGGAAUAGGGUUUACAGAGGCGCAGAAACGAGAACAUCAGAUGGGGAGAAAAUGGACGGACAUGCUUUGUCCUGAGAAACCUGACGAUAUGCGUUUCCUCACGGCUAUAACAAUCCACAAGUACACUAUUUCCAAGUGGGUCCCUGACUUCUUCCUAAGGGAAUUUCUCAUUGUGAUGUUUAAGAAUUACAAGAAAGAAAGACUGGAGUUGGUGGAAUACUUAUUGGCAAAGAAAGCAGAUUCUGAUCUUCCCAUUCUAACGCAGGAAACCCUACUUAUUUGGGGAGACAAGGACAAUAUCUUCCCUCCAUGUUUGGGCCAUCAAUUGCAAAGGUGUGCAUGUGGAUCUUCAAGUCUAGAGUUGCAUUCGGGGGUCCAUCCUUUUGAGAAGCCGUUCAAAAGGUGUCUCUGUGAUAGGGCAUUUCUUGGCCUCUAACGGAGCCAAGCUUUUGCCAAACUCUUUAUGAAGUCUUUUUGUUUUUACUAUUUGAGGAUCAUGUUUAUGUUUAAUAAGUUGAAGUCUAAACUUUGUUUUGUUUUGUUAAGUACAAGCUUUUUGCAAGGAGUUGAAUGUGUGUAAGUUAAAAUUUGAACUUCUUGUCAAAUAUUACAAGCUUUGGAUGUAAUGAUCAUCAUCUUACGAAGUUCAUCAUAUAAGCACCGCUCAUUGGACUUGUUUAUUUAUUGUCAUUGCUUC